UUUUAAAUGGGGUGUGGUAAUUGGGGCGUGGCCACAAAAGUGGGCGUGGUCGAAAAACUUUUUGUCCCUCUUUUCAUUUUUCAAAUGUUGGGAGGUAUGCCCAAGUCUUUUUGCAUUUGAAUGUGGCUCAUGGGUUAAAAAAAAAAAGGUUGGGGACCCCUGCUGUAGGCUGUGGCCUUUUCCUAGGACAGUAGAAACAUAUAGUCGAGGCUAUUUAUAAAUGAUUCCCUGGCACAAAGGCAGCUGCCCUUCCUCUUCCCCUACCUGACGCCACCAAACCCAUAUAAGGUAGAACAAUAAAAGAAGAAAGAGAAUGCAAACAAAAUGGCUCCCUAUGACGAUGCUUUUCAAGGUUAGGACCAUGAGCACCGCUGAAGUAAACGUUCACCACAAUAUAUAGUUUGUACUCAACAGUAAUUAAACUGUUUGUCACGCCCUCCUCUAGAAAAAGUUAUCAACCUCUUUACGAGAAACCGAAACACGCGAAACAUUGCGAAUGCCGAUUCCGGCGCAUGCGCUGGACACACGCUCAGCAAGCCAACUCGCACGUACACUAAAUAGGCGGGGCCGAAACUUUAUUUUUAUCUAAAGACGCACUUCCGCUUACGGGUAUAGGCCUCGAAGCAGACGACGAGUUCGGAGAAUCGAAACUAUGGUAACCCAGGAGCAGCCCCGGUGUUGCGGCUAUUUCAAUGUCCGCUCGGUGGUACUGGGGGUGGCCGUGUAUUAUGUGUUCCUCAGCCUGCAGGUGCUGGUAUGGGAGACGGUGUCAGUGAUUAAAUGCCCCGGCGAGUGCCCCGCACCGUGGAGUUCGCCCGGGUCUGUGGCGGUGGUUUACUCCCUCGGCCUGGUACUACUUUUCCUCAGUCUGUGCUUACUGUAUGGGGUGUUACGCAGGCGCCCAGGCCUCCUCCUUCCGUUCCUGGCUUUCCAGAUUAUUGACUUCCUGGGGUCUCUGCUUCUCUUCUGUGGCCUGUUCAUGCGCUUCCCUGCCGAGCUGCGGCUGAUAAGCACUAGGCCUUACCUGGCUGGCCUUGAGGAGCAGGAAAAGCCAACUGUAGUCGAAGACCUCGUCCUUGUGGUUUUCCUGUCCUUGCUGAUGCUCCUGCUGAAGCUGUAUCUGAUCCGCUGUGUGCUCACCUAUUACCGCUUCCUGCUCACACGGUCGCCCCCGACACAACCUGGAGACGACGGCUUGGCCGUGAUCGUGGUACCUGGAUGUGAGAAGAACCCUCUACUUCUCCCCACCUAUGAGGAGGCGAUAAAAAUGCCAACCAAAGAUACCCCGCCACCACCAUACAGCCAGGAACCUACCCCAGCACAACAACAAAGCAAGGAGUCCGAGUAAAAUGCUGAGCUUUUAUAAAGGGAUGGAUCAUUAGAUCAAGAAUCCAGUAUUCACACCUUCAGUCGAAACUGCAUGCUGAUUUCAGAUCUCCACGAUUUGGGGGGGAGGGUUGUUCCAAUUUCUGCUGUACAUAAGGCUUGAUCUAAUACAAAUGUUCUUCAGCAUGUGGUAGGAAUGCAGAGCCUGUGAUCUUCCUAGCCAGCAGUUGUUGAACCACCGUGUCCAGGCCAACCAAGUAUAAUCUACACUUGUUAUACAAGAUACCCCUCCACAGCAAGUGGGCAAAGACACUGAGACUCACAUCAGGGAUAAAGUACAAUAUUUCCAUCUCUACUUCAAGCGCUGCUCAUUUCAGACUUCACUCAUUCACCUUCACUCAUUCAGAGCAUAAAGCCUUCUUCUUUUUAAAGAAUGACCAUUUAUGCCAGUGAUGUCCAUUUUGUGGCUAGUCUGUCCCUGCUGAACAGCCGCAGAUAAUCACAGGGUGCAGUGUAAUAGGUGAAGGGUUUUAGUCUCUUGGCCUGUGCACAAGGGAGACCAUGUGUAUUGAAAGGCCUGUAAGUUUUCUACAUAUGGUCCCUGUCCCUAUCAAAUGUUUAUCAAAAUUCAAGGUAAACUAUCCAGAUACAAGUUAAUGCUAAUGUCACACCUGAGGGUUUUUUUCUAUUGGUGGAGAAAUGCAUGAAACCACCUGUCAUGGCUGGUACAGUUUUUUUCCUCUGGCAGUCCAGGUGUGCCAUUAGCCUAAAUACUUGUUUUGUGCUAGUAGUUUAAUAAGGUUAAAUAGCUCAGUAAAAGGAAUUUUGUGAUAUAGCAGUUACAAUCAAAACUACACUCUAGUGGAUUCACUGUAUGCACUGUUUAGUAGUUUAAUCCUGAUUUUGAUUUUUUUUUUUUUCCCCUCACGGGACAUGAGUAUUGCAGUAGCAAACUUCAUUCUCCACCCUGCUGACGGAUCACAUGGUAAUUAGGACAUGUAACCGGAAUUCCAUCUUUAGUCAGAAUGAGGAAGUGCUUGGAAGAAAUGCAGUUAUUGUGCUAGUCUCACUAUAGCAGAAUAAUCUCUCCAUACAUUAAAGAAACCACUAAAAUGAGCAGGUUAGUGUAAUGAGAUAGACCAUUUAAGGGUGCGCAAUCAGUUUGCGAGGAUACUGCAGCUUUUCUGGCUUAUCACAGCAAACAAUUAGCUGUCAGUAAACUGAAAUGAGCAAGUAUUGAUGAUGUCAUUGGAAAAUGCAGUGAUCCUUUUUAAACUACCUUAAAAAAGCACAUAGUGAUUCUACACACUGUUUAAAGAAUACUAACUUUUUAAAGGGACACUGCCAGUUCACAGGACCCCUUAAAUAUAUUGCCAGUCUUGCAGUCUAAUCUUGUUACUGGCAGUUCUGUGUGCUGCCACACAUACGGACUUUUGGUGCACGGAGAGUGCUCAAAUGGUGGGCUGCGAUUGGUCCACAGCUUGCCAAAAGAUUAGCCAGUUUCGAUGCUCGCACACCUUUAAUUACACCCAGAACAAUGUUAAACGGCAGGACAGAUAAUAUAUUUAAGAGAUCCUAUGGGCAAUGGAUGAAGACAUUGUUUAGAUUAGUGCUAUAGCCUAUGGGAUCUUUGCACCACCUCAUAUCCUGUUGUUAUAACUGUAUGACCAUUAGCAGCCUGGAAGAAGACUGCCAGGAACAUCUGUAAAAUUGAUACUGAAGUGUUCCUAUGUUAAACUGAUACUGAAUAUUUUAGUUACCAAUUUGAUAUUGUAAACUCAAUUUGCAAUUGCACUUUACAAAGAAUUUCACAUGGGCAUUUUGAUUACUGUAGCAGUUGUCAAAAUGUGUAUUACUUGUUGAAGUUACUUCUAACUGAAAGAUUAUCACCCCCUCUGUACUGAAAAUGUGCGACUGGGGUGACCCAAAGAAGUACACAUUCAUGCCAAUAGAAAGUGAUUUAUGGGUGGUAGUGGAUAGAACAAAUUGCAGCAGUCAAAAUGUCCCCUGUGACAUAAGCCUUAUGCAUCUGCAUGUAACAAAAACAGUACAGCUUAAAGGAACAGUAAAACCAAAAAAUCAAGUGUAAAAGUAAUUAAAAUAUAAUGUAGUGUUGACCUGCACUGGUAAACCUGAUCUGUUUGCUUCAGGAACAAGCUGCUGUGUGGCAGUGGAGGCAUUUAAAAUAGGGUUAAGG